AUGGGCGAAACACGUCCGGCGCGCUCGGCCGCAAAGAAGGGCGCCUCCAAGAUAAAGACCAGCGCAAAGAAACAAAGCUCAAAAAACUCGGACAUCGACAUGGACUCUGAUAACUACGAGCCAGCACCCGACAGAGACGACGACGACUCGGACGAAUAUGUCGAGCCACCAGAGGACAAGGACAACCGUCAUAACGACGACGAGGACGACGAGGACGUGAAUAUGGAGGUGGACGAGGAACUGGACGAGGAUGAAGGCGUCAAGCCAAAGAGACAACGGCGGCGCAAGCAAACCAACAACUUUACAAUUCCUUUGGAGGAGAUGAACCGAUUGUUGAGCACGCGCAACAACACCGACACACAGAUCGAGGGAGGAAGCACAGUCAACGCAACAGUCGCAGGGACAGAACUCAGUCUUGAACGGAUGGGCGGAAAGGACGUCGUCGGUGCCAAAGUCAGCGCAGCGGGAGAUCCCAAGCCGAGAGCCCAGAGGUCGCGCCCCAACAAGCCCAUGCACAAGAAGGGUGAGAUGAACAGGUCGGAAUUCAUCCCAUCCAUCUGGAAGUCUUCGUAUCAGGGCCCCACUCAGGCGGAUAUUCACCAUGUCAGCAUGCAACCGGAAUGUCUUACGACGCCCGUCUAUCCAAAUAUCGCUUCCAACAUCAAAGACUUUCGCAUCAUUACCGAGCCAUCUGCCUUGGACGAGUAUUUCCCAGUUUUGACCACCACUAGCAUCCAUACAAGAGAACAAGACAUUGACAUGCGCACCAUGACCGCCAAGUACAUGGGGUCGACAAAACAGACCGGCAUCAACGACUACUAUAUUUUGAACGCAGGAUUCUCGGUGUGGGCCAUGGACUGGUGCCCUCUCUCGAGCCAUGCUAAUUCGCCCAAGGAUAACAUGGACUAUGUCGCCAUCGGAGGAUUCCCAGAUACUGCCGAGAAUUGUAUUGCACGCGAUCAGCUAUACCCACUUGGUAAACAGGAUGCACAUCCCAACAUGAUCCAAAUCUGGAGCAUGAACUGCAACACCAACAACCAAGGUGAGCUUCAGGGCAACCCUGAGACCUACCUAUCGCUUUGUAUCCUGCAUGCGUACGGUGCGGUUCUCGACCUGAAAUGGUGUCCGACUGGAGGCCACAUGGAUGCCGGUUCUUCGAGUGGAGAUUUGACCAGACUCGGUAUUCUCGUAGCGGCUUUCAGCGAUGGUACCAUUCGGAUAUUCAGUGUGCCAGAGCCAAAGAGCCUGCGAGCGCACCUGAGCAUUGGGACUCCCGAGGACUCAUCACCUGAACCUGUUUACAUCGAGUUUCCAGAGCCAUUUGCGACCAUAAGGAUGGGCGAUAUCUGCUUCAUGUGCAUCAACUGGGGCACAUCAGAACGGCUCGCUGCAGGACUGACCAACGGAACGAUCGCUGUGUGGGACAUGAAGCUCAUGUUGAGCCAGACCAAGGAGACUUUGGCCGAGAAAGACUCUGAGUAUCUGGAUCCGAUCCAUGUCCCUCAGGUUCACGACGUCAGUGUACGGUGCGUAGACUGGCUAAGGAGCGUGGACCCAGCAGAGGUGCCUUGGAUUCUGGCCUCUUCUGGUUACGAUGGCCGCAUCAGAUAUACGGAUCUUCGCGACAUCUAUGUCCAGAUCGACAUCAAGACCAUCCUCGGCGUGCCUAUGGCAUCCCUCUUCAACCCAUGGGCAGAGGCCAUCGUCUAUUGCGAUUUUGACUUUGGAGGCAAAAUGGACCAGCUUUAUCUGGAAUCGCGAGGCUUUCGUCUGUUCAACGCGAAGGGGACCAUUUGGGACUUUUCUUCUUCAGAUUACCAACCAUUUGUCGCCGCUGCCAUCUCGGACGGAAGAGUCAAAAUCUGCAACCCAGCCUACAAGGCUAAGCGCGGUUAUGUGCAAGAGAACACAAUGGAUGCUGACGGGUCCUCUCAAAUGGAGCCGACUUCAUCGUCCAGUCAAGCAGAAGAGGAAGGAGGUGCUCAACGGUCCUCUUUUACAUACAAGGAGGGCGAGGAGAGAGAAUACGUCUCCAAGUCUGCAGGAUACCUCUCUUUUUACGGUGCAAAUGUUGCUGUUCAAAAGGUGCAAUGGUCAAAGUGCUUUCACUCUGCGGCAUGGCUGGCGUCUGGAUCGGCAGGAGGACUGGUCAGGAUCGACAAUACGAUGCUACGGAAGGAGGAAGGAGGAGAAGGCAACAAGAUCACUUACCAACCGGACGCUUACCUUCUAAAGAAGCGGGUGGCCAAUGGUGGUAGUAUUGGACCGGAUGGGGAAUAUGUUCCAGCAAGAAAGGGUCGACCUCCGAAGGAAGGAGGACCUCGACGUUUGAGAAAGGGAAAGAACGUCAAGAGGGCCACUGCCAAGGCCAAGGUAACUUCUCGAAAAGGAGCCAAAUCAAAAUCGGCCGCCGACGAUCAUGAUUCUGACGAAGACGAACCGGAAGCAGAGGAUUCUGGGCACGACGACGAGGAUAAUGAGGAGGACGGUGAUGCUGGCCAAUCUAGCGGCACACGGGGCCUGCGCGAUGAAGAUGAGUUUGUGGGACGCACCAAGGACACAGGUUCAUCGAAUGGUGAGAAGCGGGCCACACGAUUGUCGACUGGCCGACUUGCACCCAUCUUUGCCAGAAAGUCGUCAAAGACUACUGCGGCUUCUGAUGAGGAUGAGGGUGAGGGAGACGGGGAGCAGGGGGAAGACGAUAAUGAAGAAGAAGGAGAGAGUGGGGAGACAGGGGCUGAGGGGGCGUCGUUGCCAUCCAAAAAAUCGACACGGAAACCUGCUCGCGCCGCAGUAGCAGCAAAGCCGUCGAAGAAGGAUCCUCCGAAAUCACCUGGCAAACCUCGAGGACGGCCUCGAAAGAAUCCGCCCCUUGUCGACCCUGUCACGCCCAAUCAAACUCUACUCUCAAUGAUGAGGAUCUCGCAGCCAGAGCCUUCAGCAACGGAUGAGAUUGAUGUCGCUUCCAAGGAUACGUCGUCAGUCGAUGUUGAGCUGGCUGAGGCGACGGUGGAAGAGAGAGUUAUGGCCGCGGUGGCAACUGGGCCGGUUAUCUCUACUGCGCCUAUGCAAGCUACGGCAACUACAGCGACAGCAACUUCCAAGAUGAGUGCGGCGAGCGUUGCGGCGCCCAAAAAGCCCAGAGGAAGACCACCCAAAGCACGGCCUGCUGCAAUAGAGACAGCGACAACGACGGCUACUGGUGGUUCAGGUGGUGUGCCGGCUUCUGUGGUAGCGUCAAACGAGGCAGCAACAGCGCAAGGCACUGAUAAUGGCGCAGCUGCAGGCUCGACGACGGAUAAUCGAGAGGCGGAUGUGCAGCGGGAGGACGAUCCGCGCAGCCAGUCGAGUGAAUCGGCGGUCUCAUCACGUGCAUCAUCGGCGGCCCCGGAGGCAGCAGCAGCUGUAGCAGGCGCCAAGGCACCAGCGACUCCUGGCAAGAAAGGAGCAGCAGCACCGCGGAUGGCGAGGAAGCGCAAUGAGGAAGAAAAGUCCAAGGCCACGAACCGGACGCUGACCGAUCUGUGGGGCAAAAAAUAA